GAAGUAGAUUUGAUUUGGUAUCGUAUAUUCUACUGGUUACUCUCUCUGUAAGCUGCUGCCGUUAUCCUUCACUCGUAUACUAAAACGUGUCCACCAUAAACCACCAUCUGUCACACACACCACCACUUUCCCGGCGGUGCUCAUCCCGCUGCUCCUCUAUAUCUCGCCGGAAAAAACAACACAACACAUCUAACACCAACGCUAUGUCUCUAAUUCCGGCCGCCGCCUGCAACUUCACACAAUAUCUUCCAUCUCCGCCGUCACAUUCUGCCGUUCGGUUUUCCGUCAAAUUCACCGUCUCAUGCUGCUCUGUUUCGUCUCCGGUGACCGUUGUUAACGGAAACGUCGACUUGAAAGCGAUGGAACGGAAUGAGAUUAGGUUAGGUUUACCGAGCAAAGGUCGAAUGGCCUCUGAUACACUUGAUCUUCUCAAAGAUUGUCAGUUAUCUGUGCGGCAACCUAAUCCGAGGCAAUACGUUGCCGAUAUUCCUCAGCUGUCAAACGUAGAAGUCUGGUUUCAGCGCCCAAAAGAUAUCGUGAAGAAGCUGGUUUCAGGAGAUUUAGACCUUGGUAUUGUUGGUCUUGACACACUUAGUGAAUAUGGACAGGGAAAUGAAGAUCUAAUCCUUGUUCACGAUGCACUUGCAUAUGGAGAUUGUCGUUUAUCUCUUGCAAUUCCAAAGUAUGGGAUCUUUGAGAAAAUUAAUUCAAUGAAGGAACUAGCCGAAAUGCCUCAAUGGACCGCUGAGAAGCCUCUAAGAGUUGCCACUGGUUUCACAUAUUUGGGUCCUAAGUUUCUGAAAGAGAGCGGGCUUCAGCAUGUUGAGUUUUCAACUGCUGAUGGGGCACUCGAGGCAGCUCCUGCGAUGGGGAUAGCUGAUGCUAUCGUAGAUCUCGUCAGUAGCGGGACCACAUUGAAAGAGAACAAUCUCAAAGAAAUCGAAGGCGGAGUGCUGUUAGAAAGUCAGGCUGUCUUGGUUGCUAGCAAGAAGUCUCUACUCCAGCGCGAAGGAUUUUUGGAUAUCACACAUGAAAUUCUCGAAAGAUUUGAGGCACAUUUAAGGGCACUUGGUCAGUUCACGGUAGUUGCCAACAUGAGGGGAAACAGUACAGAGGAAGUAGCUGAGCGAAUUUUGAGCCAACCGUCACUAUCUGGGCUGCAGGGACCUACUAUAAGUCCAGUCUUCCGCAGAAGUGACAGUGGGGUAAAAGCUGAUUAUUACGCCAUAGUCAUUUGUGUACCCAAGAAGUUACUCUACAAAUCUGUUCAGCAGCUAAGAGCGAUUGGAGGCAGUGGUGUUCUUGUGUCUCCUUUGACCUACAUCUUUGAUGAAGAAACUCCAAGAUGGCGCGAACUUCUUUCAAAACUAGGGCUUUGAGGUAAUAAUAUGUUUUGUAAUGUUUUGUAUCGAUUACAACGAUUAGUACAUUUGUUUAUACCAGUUCUUUUUCUAGAACGAGGUGUAGGGGUGUUUGUUAUUUUAUCGUACGAAUUUGGUUAAUUUCACCCGCCGUUAAUCAUAUAGAUGGUUUGGGACUUCAUCAAAUUAGUUUGUGGCUCGGUUUGUAGUUUA